AUGUCAACGUCAUUGUCACUGCCCAAGGGAUUUUUUAACACAAACGUACGUGUGUCGGAGGACAUGCGGCGUCAGUACAUUGAGUUUGCCGAGAGCUCUAUCCGCAAGGUCUUCGCACUGAGCGACUGUCACAAGAAUAGCUGGAUCCCCAUGCGCGAGAAAAAAGGGGUAGCCGUCUAUCGUAAUUUUGGUCAGAUGCGCGGCCCCACGGCCUACAAGUGUAACGUCGCCGAGGUGGGCUGUAAGGGCCAACUUACGGCUUCAUUAGAUCAGGUCUGUCGAGCGUAUGCCGCGCACGACGACGCGCUCUUCAGGAGACUAAUGAAGAAACUAAACCCGGCAGUGAUGGACGCUGCUGUGCUGCUCACAAUCGUGCCACGCACACCGCUCGCACCGUUCAGGUACAUUGGCAUCAAGUGGUAUGCUGUCAAGACACCCACGCCCAUCGUUUCACAUCGGGACUACUGCUGUCUCGAGGUACAAGACAGGAUUGUGGACUCGUUUGGCAACGAAAUGUACAUCCGUAUACUUAAUUCGAUUGAGAUUAACGAGUGUCCAUCGCUUGAAAACUCGCAUGGACUUGUGCGUGCAAAGAUAACUGCCGGAUACAUGUACCGCACAGAUCGCCCCGAGCCGAAUAUAAUACGCGUCCAUCACGUCGCGCGGUUUGAUCCUGGAGGUUACUUUCCUGCGCAAUGGGCCUUUAAGACAGCUGAAUCGCAGCUAGUGAGUAGCAUUGUGCAGGUUCGUCGCAUCAUUGACAAGCAGCAGAUGAACGCCUGCACUUUCGUAGACAAGAAACAAUGGGUGCCUAACGGUGAGCGUCUGCAUUGCGCUGUGUGUAGCCGCACCUUCGGUACAUUCCGCCCGCGUCACCACUGCCGAAGCUGCGGUGAGGUCAUCUGUGGCAAAUGCAGUGUCUUCAAGUCAGUGGAGGUGCCAGGCACCUCACUUAGAAACGUUCGUAUUUGCUCAGUGUGCAAUAUGGGUGUCCAGAAAGCAAAUGAUCAUGACGAUGAUGGAAAUAUGUCGGAUGUAUCUACUUCCUCCGUUACAUCUAGCAGCACUAUUGCACACAACGAGAUGAACUUAAUGGAUCUUUACAUGGGCAAUGAAGGUGGACCGCGCACCCUUUCAGCCUAUUCAGAUGCUUCAGCGCAAUCUAAUCUCUCCAUACGUUCCACAACUUCUACACAAUCGGUCAACAAUGCUGGGGGUUCAGCACACAACCGGGCCCGAAAACCUCAUAUCACCGGCGCCUUUUUACACGAAAGCAACACACCACGGUCAUACAUCGCCAACAAUCUCACCCCUCGCAAAACGCUUGGAUUCGGAUUCGGUUCUGGGGCCUCCAAUCUCCAAUUAGGGGCGUGCAGUGCGACAACGACGCCCUCUACGCCAACUAGGCCAUUAAUCUCAGCAGCAAGUGUGGUGGCCGCUGCGGCAAUCACAGCGCAGCACUUGUCCAGCUACAAGCAGCACCCUGUCGAUAUCAGAUACUUGCGCGAUUCGGUGACUGAAAUUCCAGUGACGACGGCACGUGAAAGGCCUGAGGACCAAAUGACAUCUUGGCCGCCCGCGAAGAUGCAGCGGGUGGAGACGGAGGAGACUGCUGGCGAGGAUAUGGAGACAGACGAGCAGAGGGAAAUGGAAUUAAAACCAGCAGCAUCAUCAAGUAGGGCCAUUAAGGAGAAUUAA